AUGACGAAUUUGAACCAACCUGAGGAUCAUGUUGAUGUGCUCAUUGUCGGGGCUGGGCCAGCUGGCCUCAUGUUGGCAAACUGGAUGAGCCGAUUAGGAAUCAAGACUCGCAUUGUGGACAAGCGUAGCACAAAGGUGUUCAGUGGCCAAGCAGACGGACUCCAAUGCAGGACACUGGAGAUCUUUGAUUCCUUUGACUUUGCUCACAGGGCCUGGAGAGAAUCGAACCACAUGCUGGAAAUCUGCCUCUGGAACCCCGACAAAGACGGCGUCAUCCGUCGAUCUGAUCGUAUUCCAGAUACUAUCCCCGGCAUCAGUCGCUUCCAGCAAGUCGUGCUUCAUCAAGGCCGCAUUGAACGGUUCUUCCUUGACUCCAUCAAGGAGCACAGCAAUAUUACCGUGGAAAGAGGCGUGAUGCCCACUUCUUUUGAAUUCGAUGCUUCUAAAGCCACCGAUGUUGAUGGCUACCCCAUCACUGUCACCUUGCGCACCUUGACAGAGGAAGAGGCCACCCCGAAGCAGCAACAGGCUACGAACGGCGCUGCUGUUAGCGAUGGCUUGUUCCGAAGCAACCUCUCCCCAGAUGACACAGACGACAUGCUACGAGCAGCUGAGCUGGAUAGCCGUGCAAAUCAGACCCAAGUUGUCAAGGCUAAGUUCAUGGUUGGCUGUGACGGUGCCCACUCGUGGGUCAGACGCCAACUAGGGUUUAAGCUGGAAGGAGAUUCGACAGAUUACAUCUGGGGUGUGCUCGAUAUCAUUCCCAUUACCGAUUUUCCAGAUAUUCGAAUGCGUUGCGCGAUCCAUUCUGCGAGCGCGGGUACUGUGAUGGUCAUUCCUCGCGAGAACAAACUCGUUCGGCUAUACAUUCAGUUGCAGUCAACAGUCACUGGAGGUGGUAAAGCGGAUCGUUCGAAGAUCACACCGGAUAUGAUUCUCAAGUCCGCACAACGCAUUCUUCAUCCAUACAAGCUGGACUACUCGUACUGCGACUGGUGGACGGCGUAUCAGAUCGGUCAGCGGGUUGGAGACAAGUUUUCGCUAGAGGAACGUGUGUUCCUGGCUGGCGAUGCAGUGCAUACCCACUCACCAAAAGCUGGUCAGGGUAUGAACGUAAGCAUGCAGGACGCCUAUAACUUGGGCUGGAAGUUGGCCCAUGUGGUCAAAGGCUACAGCGAAAGCGCAAUCCUGAAGACUUACCAAUCCGAAAGGAGACGCAUCGCUCAAGACCUAAUUAACUUCGACUAUCGCUUUUCUCGCCUCUUCUCCGGACGUCCAGCCAAGGACGUCAUGGACGAGGAGGGGAUCAGCAUGGAAGAAUUCAAGAUGGCGUUCCAGAAAGGGAACAUGUUUGCAAGUGGCAUUGCUGUCGACUACGGCUCUAGCCUCCUCGUUGCAAAGGCGGGAGACUCCGGCGAACAAGGCGAUGGCACGGAUGUUGCAAGCAAAGACAAAAGCCUCCGGGUAGUCAGCAAGCAGCACCUGUCAACCGGAAUCUCGGUUGGUAUGAGAAUGCCGAGUUUCAAGGUGCUCAACCAAUCCGAUGCUCGGCCAUGGCAUCUCCAAGAACUGCUGAAGAGUAAUGGCCGCUGGCGGGUGAUCGUCUUUGCCGGUGAUCUUACCAACCCCGAGAAUUUCGACCGCUAUAGCCAGCUGGGAGAAAGGCUCAGCAGUCCGACUUCAUUCCUUCGCAGAUAUACGCCACCUGGGCAGCCGAUCGACAGCGUCAUCGAAGUCCUGACUGUCCAUGCCGGACCCCGCACAAGCAUUGAACUCUUAGACCUGCCCGAAAUAUUCCAUCCGUAUAGCGAGAAGCAAGGAUGGGAUUAUUGGAAGGUGUUUGUGGAUGAUCAAUCCUACCAUGAGGGUCAUGGAAAGGCGUACGAGAACUACGGUAUCGAUCCCAGACGCGGAGCGAGUGUUAUUGUCCGACCGGAUCAGUACGUCAGCUGGCUCGGUGAAGUGGAUGACUAUGAUGACAUGGAACGCUUCUUCUCUGCGUUUAUGAAGCUGCAGUCGCAGCUGGUCUAG